AUGGAGGAGGAACCAAGACCACGCCCCUCGCUCCUGUUUGACAGCGCUGCUGGUGGGAGCGUGGCGGGGCCGGCGCCGGGAGGUCAGGCGAGGUGGGCGUGGCGAAGCAGCGUGGCCACGCCCACCCCACCCGUGGGAACCUCCCAGCUGCCCUGCUGCCCCGCCCCGGAUCCGCCCGGAAGAGGGUUCACAUCUAUACUUGUAACAGCAUCAAGGAUCCAAUAUUAUCUUCAUAUUUAUUUGACUUUUUUUCUGAUUUCAGAAAAUAAAAGACCAUGCCUUGAAUUCUCCAACCUAAAUGUAAAGGAUUCUUUAAAAGAUCUGUUUGUUCCCAAAAUAAAAAUCAUUCUGAUGAUGUAUACAAGGAACAAUCUGAAAUGCGCAGAACCACUUUUUGAGCAUAAUAAUUCACUUAACAUUAAUUUCAACAUACAAAAGAAAACAGUUUGGAUCAUUCAUGGAUACAGACCGCUGGGCUCUACCCCAUCAUGGCUUCAAAAGUUUCUGAGGAUUUUGUUGAAUGAAGAAGAUGCUAAUGUAAUUGUUGUGGACUGGAACCAGGGUGCUACAACUUUUAUUUACAAUCGAGCAGUAAAAAACACCAGAAAAGUUGCUGAGAGUUUGAGUGAAUCCAUUCUAAAUCUUUUAAAGCAUGGGGCAUCUCUUGAUAAUUUUCAUCUCAUAGGAAUGAGCUUAGGAGCUCAUAUUAGUGGCUUUGUUGGCAAGAUGUUUCAUGGCCAACUUGGAAGAAUAACAGGUCUUGACCCUGCUGGCCCAAAAUUUUCUGGAAAACCACCAAAUAGCAGAUUAGAUUACACUGAUGCCAAGUUUGUGGAUGUCAUUCAUUCUGAUGCGAAAGGUUUAGGAAUUCAAGAGCCAUUAGGUCAUAUAGAUUUUUAUCCAAAUGGAGGAAAAAAACAACCCGGCUGUCCUAAAUCAAUCUUCUCAGGAGUGGAGUAUCUUAAAUGUGACCACCAGAGAGCAGUUCAUCUGUUCUUGGCUGCUUUGGAAACAGACUGCAAUUUUAUUUCCUUUCCUUGUGGUUCCUACAAAGAGUACAAGAGUAGUUUAUGUGUAGACUGUGACAGUUUCAUGAAAGACUCCUGUCCACGGCUUGGUUAUCAACCUAAACUAUGGAAAGGAGAUUUAAAAGAUUUAAGAAGGGAUGGUUUACCUCUGAGGACCACUGCAUUUUUAGAUACGGCAGGCAAGAGUCCAUUCUGUAUAUUAGCAGUGUGCUCAGAUUUGAAAAGCAAACCAUUUGACAAACUUCAAGAAGUAAAGAUUCUUGCUCAAUUUUUAAGCGAUAUUGUGAAUAUUUCCAGCAUUGCUUUGACAUAUUCCCAGAGCUUAAAUCUGCAAUGUCCUACUUGCCAAUAUAAAAUACAGAGUCUUGUGUUAAAAUCACUUACAUAUCCUGAAAGACUACCAUUUUGCAGAUAUGAUUUUGUACUUCAAGAAAAAAAAGAAGUAUUUCUUCAAUCAGAUAUAUGUGCAGCACAAAAUAUUUGA